CCUCUGACGAGUAGACCCUGAACCGAAACUUAGACUCCAGCGGCAGCUCGAGAGCCCUUCGGAACACAGCCCACAGCCCAGCCUGUCCAAGGUGACCACCUUCUCUGGAUGUCAUGGCAGAAGUCAGGAGACUGCCCCCACCACUACCCCCUCGGCUGGACUGGUUUGUGCACACCCAGGCGGACCUGUUUUCCCAAUCCGGGAUUCCCGAGUGGUUCCAUGGCACCAUCUCCCGAGAAGCUGCUGAGAACCUGUUGAAGUCACAACCCCUGGGGACCUUUCUUAUCCGAGUCAGCCACAGCCAUGUGGGCUACACCCUUUCUUACAAAGCCCAGACCUGCUGCCGUCACUUCAUGGUGAAGCUUUCAGAAGAUGGGACUUUCGCCUUUGCUGGGGACCACGUUACCCACGCCUCUCUAGACGCCCUGAUCACCUUCCACCAACAAAAUCCUAUUCGACCAUUCGGGGAUCUGCUGACCCAGGCCUGCGGGCAGGAAGAUCCAGCAAACGUGGACUACGAAGAUCUCUUCCUAUACUCGAAUGCCCUGAUUCAGGAUACUGAAAGCCAAGUUCUGAGAACGGAAGUUCAAAGGCCUUCUUCCUGCCCACCUGAGGAGAUUUCUGAAAGGAAGCCAUCCACAACAACUGAAGGAGAAUUCGCAUCGGCUUCCUGCUCCCCAAAAGCUCUUUUUGAGGAGUCUGGACAGAAACUGUGGAAGAACCUGAGGUCCUUACCUCAGACCAGCCGGAGGGUGAAACAGCGACUCACUUCACACCUGUCAGCCAUGAACCUGUUGGGGGAUGCCAGGCGUGUGGCACAGCAGCACCACAGCCCUGUGACUCGAGCAUUCAGCUGGGACAGUUCUAGCCACUCCCAGGACCCCUGUGCAGCCACCACCUCUCUCCAAAACCCUGCAGAGCCCCAGGCCCUGAGAGGCAGAGAAGCCACCUUCAGGGACUCCAGACCUACCAGCUGGAAGGAGGCAUUCUCAGGGGUCAAAGCCUGGCGUGGAAAGGUAGUGAGGGCCCUGUCAGCCCAGGAGUCUGUGGACUUGCCAGAAGACCAGGGCUGGCUGCCCGAGGAAUACCUCCCGCCACCACCUUUUGCCCCUGGGUACUAAUAGAACCUGUAUCUUGGGUAUUCGUCAUCUCUUCAGUCCCCACCCCUGUCCUCACAGCCAAAGAACUGUGCUGAAGAGGUUAAGGGGCUGAAUCCUGCAGGAACCAGCUGAGGGAGCUGGCUGUCUUAAUAAUAAUAGAAUUACUGCUACCACUUUAGGGACCCGGUGAGAUGGCCCAGUGGAUAAGAGGGUAAAAGAACUUUCAGUCACGCCCAGCAACCGAGUUCUGUUUCCAAGACGCACAUGGUGAGAGCUGUGGACCAGUAUCUGGAGGGUGUCCUCAGACUUGCACAUAGAUGUGCUAACACACUCAUAAGCAGAUAUAACUUUAAAAGACUGCAGCAGAGACUUGGUGGCCCACAUAUGCCAGGCCGUAUCACGUGAUACACCUCAGUAGCCUGGGGUCCAUACCUCACCUUCAGUCGCAUUCAAUGAAAAGUGUUUUUCCAAGUGUUGAGGUUCAGUCCUCAGCUCCGGGAAUAAACUGGUUUGUUUUUUUUUUU